GGCCUGAGCUGCCAGGGCUAUACGGCCAAGAAAAAAACUAUUGACAAAUGAUUGACAACUUAACCUCUUUGAUAUGUUUCAUGUUUGUUUUUGUUUAUGUUGUAGUUUGUCCAAAAUCUGUUUUAUUAAAAGAUAUGAGUGAUAACGAAAUAUCUGGAAAUGAGUCAGAAAGAUCAAAUUCAAGCAGAGAAAAUGAGGGUAAUCGGGAGUCUUCCGAAGAUGAACCCGAUUCAGACGAUAGUUCAGAUAUGGAUGAAGGAGAAUGUGAAACGAGAAGAACCGAGUUAAUACAGCACGUUCAAGAUUUAGAAAAUCAGUUUAGUCUGCUUCGAGAGCAAUUGUACAGAGAGAGAAUUCAGCAAGUCGAAACACAAUUAGCCGAAGUAAAGUCAGGAAAAUCACCAGAUUAUCUUAUUCCUCUGCAACAUUUAGAAGAACAAAAACGGAUUCGUACAGAAGUAGCUGGAAUUUUGAAACAGCUUCGCCUCGAAAACAUUAACAACCACUAUGAUGCCGAGAAGCAAGCUGCUUUACAAAAUUUUGAAAGUGAGAAAUGUUUAGCAAACGAUUAUUACUAUAGCGAACUAAUGGAUACUAUUCGAAAGCUGGAAGAGGACAAGCAAAAUAGUGAAAUUACGUGGGGUGAGGGGGGAGAAUGGGGAGCUAGAUCUAGGUCGACGUCAAGAAAAAAAGCUGUUACAGUUUCUGGACCCUAUAUUGUGUAUAUGCUUAAACCACAAGAUAUAAUGGAAGACUGGACAAUAAUUAAAAAAGCUAUGAAACGUGCAACUUGAUGUAAAAAUAUAAUGUUAAUUAUUUGUAAAAAUAAGUAUAACUGUGGUUUUAAAUGUAUCAAGAGAAGUAUAUGUGAUCUAUGUGUAGGUUUUCCCACAACUGCUUUAUUAAAAGAUUUUUUAGGAUCUUAUUUAGAUACAAAUUUGAAUAUUUCAAAUUUUAGCCAUUUAUGGAAUCGAAGUUGAUAUGUUUUAAAAGUUUUGUCUAAAACUUUUUAAAACCUGUUUAAAAUUUAUGUUUUAAAUGUUUGGUGUGUAGGAAUUUUUUUCAAUAAAUAAUAAAAU